AUGACCUACCUCAAGGACUUCCUCGACCGCACAAACAACGCCGGUCUCCACGCCUCCGAGUCGAGCGCCAACAACAGCGAGGACAACUGGGACCUCGUAGAUAAAGACGAAGCGCUGCACGAGCAGGACAAGGCCGAGUGGGAAAUCGUCGGCAAGACGGCGGCUGAGAAGCAAAAGCAGGAGGCGGAGCGCAAGGAGCGGAUGGAGAAGCAGAAAGAAGAGCACAAGGCUGAGAAGCGUAAGCAAAAGCUUCUGGAGCGCAUGGAGCGUAUGAAGGGUGUCUCGUACGCUGCGGCUGCUGGUGCGGCUGUUAGGAAGUUUUAG